CCUCAGCAACAUGUCUCCUCCUGAGCGCGCUUACACCGCCUCAGCUGUCACAUCCCCAAGAGAGAGACACUUCUCAGCUCUGAUAAGAAACUCCAAAAUGAUGUUACGAGUCGCCGUCCCAGGGCGGACCAGCUUUUCAACUUAAUGCAUCUCAUGAAGAACCACACAUCACAUCUACCUCAUCCAUUCUACAGAUGACAGAAUUUGAGAUUCAGACUCCCAGGCUGACCUGCAUUGAAUAGGAAGUUGGUGGAAACAUGGGUCCAUCAUUGCUUCACUCGAUUGCUGUCUUUGUGGCCGUCCAUGUGAUCCAAUGCCAAGCGGUUUGCGACAGACACGCUUCACUUGAAUGGCACCCUAAACAACACGCAAUCCAAGUCAAUUGGACCCUCGUAGGAAACAUAUGUAGGAGCGUUUCUGAGUGUUGGGAUUCACUGGGGGGAAAGGAGUCAACUACCCCUGUCAGCUUCCCACAGAUCUGCCCACUUGAGCUGCAACAUGGAGACAAACUGCUGAUGUCUGCUGAUGAAACACUGAAGUCAUACGGCUUCACACUCCUCAAUGUGUCAAAAGAAAACUUUGAGAGCUGUUCAACAAAUGGGCAAAAAAAAGAUCAGUUUCUUUUCCCCCACACUAUAAAUGGAACAGAGCAAGUUGAGGCCACGUGGUUGGUCCCGGGUCAUCAUUACUUCAUCGCUCUGCAUGAGGGAGAAACGCAGCUGUGCCAGCUUGGCCUACGGCUCAACGUGUCUGUUAAAACGCAACUUUGUCAGGGUUCUCCUCUGCUUCGGCUUUGUUCGGGGAGCGGUGUUUGUCAAACAGACCUCCGGGAUGGUGCAUACCGCUGUCGAUGCCACCACCACUACUCUGGGAGUUUUUGUGAAAAGUCUGAUGCCUGUUUGGAUAACCCAUGUGAAAACAAAGGAGUCUGUUUGAGCAAUGGAUCCACAGAUCCAAACCACAGAACAUAUAAAUGUCUGUGUCCUCCACAUUUUACAGGGGUGAACUGCUCUGAAAUCACUGGAAAAGAAAACUGUGACAGAAUUUGUGAAAAUGGGACAUGCGUUCAAGGGUCGCCUGCAUCCUUUAAAUGCAUCUGUGACACAGGAUCCUCUGGCCCCCCUUGUGAGAAGAGGAGAGGCCCCUGUGAUCCAAAUCCAUGCAGAAAUGGCGGCGUUUGUGAGCGCACCCCCAAAGGAUUUGCCUCUGAUUGUGUCUGUGCAGAUGGUGCUGUGGUCCCAGCAUGCAGGAGGCUUCAGAACCUGUGCAGCCCAUCACUUUGUCUCAACAAUGCCACCUGUUUGUCAAGGGGGAAUGAUCACUUCUGCAGAUGUCUGGGAGGGUUUUCCGGGAAGAAUUGUGAAGAAAUAAUUGACUACUGCCGGCUGCUCAAUAUCAACUGCCUGAAUGAGGGAUUGUGCUUGAGUUUAAUUGGCGGGUAUCAGUGUGUUUGUGCCUCAGGAUGGAUUGGAGAGUUUUGUCAAUAUGUAGGCAAUGCCUGCCUGAUAAAACCAAACAGCUGUUUGAAUGGAGCCACAUGCAUUACAACAAGUCAGCCUUCCUCUCCUCCACAAUACACCUGCAAGUGCCCCCACGGCUUCACAGGAACAAACUGUGAGACUGGGAUCAACGAGUGUGACUCCAGUCCCUGUAGGCACAAUGGCACAUGCUCCGAGUUGUUAGGACAUCACCAAUGCCAAUGUCCUGCAGGUUUUCUGGGAAGAAACUGUGAAGUUGACAUAGAUGCCUGUUCUCUAUCCAACAUCACAUGUCCGCCAAAGACUGAGUGUUUGGAUCUCCCAGGUGGCCUUGAAUAUACCUGUCGCGUUCCCUGCCCUCAAAACCUUCAACCAUGUGCCAGCGGAGGACGCUGUGUGUUGAAUGAUGCCAGCAGCUACACCUGCAUUUGUACCCCUGGUUGGUCAGGUCACCACUGCCGUAUCAAUGUCAAUGAUUGUGUUCAACACUGGUGUCAAAAUGGAGCCACUUGUAUGGAUGCGAUUGAUGGUUAUAGCUGCCUUUGUCCCAGAGGAUACGCCGGCGUCUACUGUGAAGAGGACAUUGAUUACUGUGUUGGCCAUCGAUGCGCUGAACAUGGUGUUUGCCUAGACCAGCAGUAUAACUUUACCUGCCGCUGCUUGCUUGGGUUUGAAGGAUCGCUCUGUGAACUGGAAACAAAUGAGUGCAACAGCUUCCCCUGCGCAGGCAGUGCCACCUGUGUGGACCUAAUCAGUGAUUAUCGGUGCCACUGUCCCCCAGGGUUUGAGGGACGAACCUGCUCUGAGAAUGUAAAUGACUGCUGGUCGCAGCCUUGUCUGAAUGGAGGCUUGUGCAAGGAUCUAAUAAAUGACUACAUUUGUCACUGCCCUGUUGGGUUCAAGGGGAAAGACUGCUCCGUGGAUAUUGACCUUUGCUCAUUCGGACUCUGCAGUGAGCAUACAUUAAUAUGCAGUGAGACCAAGGAUGGACAGAAUGUUUCUUGCACGUGCAAAAGAGGAUUUGGAGGGUCAUUAUGUGAAGUAAAUCUCAAUGAUUGUGAGUCAAAGCCCUGCCAGAACGGUGGUAUUUGUGUGGACGGCAUUGACCUGUAUCAGUGCUUCUGCUCAGAGGGGUUUGGGGGGUUUAACUGUGAAAUCAACUAUGAUGAAUGUGUCCAUGGAUACUGCGCCAAUAAUUCCUCGUGUAUUGACCUGGUUGCAGACUAUGAGUGCAUCUGUCCUUUGGGCUUUGCUGGUAAGAAUUGCUCCACAUCUGUCUCAGCGUGUGCUUCAGAUGUUGAGGUGUGCAGUAAUGGAGGAACCUGCUUCUACAACUCAGCGGGGAAAAUACAAUGCAUUUGCCCUCCAGGAUACCAGGGCAAUGAGUGCUUCUCAUCUGUGAACCAAUGCGUGUCAAAUCCGUGCCACCCUGAGGGAACUCUCCUCUGUGAAGAACUGGCAAAUACUUAUAGAUGUGUGUGUCAAAAUGGGUACUCUGGACCGCACUGCAAAACACUAAUAAACCACUGUGUUGAUGGCCUGUGUCAACAUGGUUCAGCGUGUUUGGAUCUAUCAAGAGGGUUCAAGUGUGAUUGUUUACCAGGGUUAACAGGCCAAUUUUGUGAGGUAAACAUUGAUGAUUGUGAAGAACAGCCGUGUGGAGCCCUGAGUGUUUGUAAUGAUGCUGUGGGUGGCUACAAUUGCUUUUGUGCACCUGGAUUUAUUGGAAAUAACUGUGAGAUUGAAGUGAAUGAAUGUCUCAGCGAGCCUUGUGGAAAUGGAGGUUCCUGCAUCGAUGAUCUCAACUCUUUCACCUGCCAGUGUCCUUUCGGAAUCACAGGGAACUACUGUGAAGUCAACAUAGACGAGUGCAUGUCCUCACCCUGCCUGCACAAUGCUACGUGCCUUGACCUGGUUCACGGCUAUAGAUGUGUCUGUAGGCCUGGCUUUACAGGUACAGAGUGUGAACUUGACAUUGAUGAGUGUGCUUCAUCUCCAUGCAAGAAUGGAGCCACUUGCAUUGACCAGCCUGGUAAUUACUUCUGCCAAUGUGCGGCUCCAUUUAAAGGUCAUAAUUGUGAGUUCUUACCCUGUGAGGCCAGUAAUCCGUGCGAGAAUGGUGCAGUGUGUGUGGAGGAGUUGGAUCAGGACCAUUUCCCUCUUGGUUUCCGCUGUCACUGUCGCCAUGGAUUCACUGGCCCCCGCUGUGAAAUCAAUGUGGAUGAGUGCAGCUCCAGCCCCUGCUUUCACGGUUUCUGCUACGAUGUUGCAGACGGCUUUUACUGCCUUUGCAAUCCUGGUUAUGCUGGGCUGAGAUGUGAGCAAGACAUUGAUGACUGCAUGAACAGUCUGUGCAGCUCCAACUCGAUAUGUAAAGACCUCCAUCUGAGUUACGAGUGUGUAUGUCACUCAGGCUGGGAGGGGGAGUUCUGCCAACAAGAAAUUGAUGAAUGUUUAUCGCAGCCCUGCAAAAACAACGCCACCUGCACAGACCUUCUUAACAGCUACAAGUGUUUGUGCUCUCCGGGCUGGACAGGUGUGGACUGUGCAGAGGAUGUGGAUGAGUGUGAUUCUGGACCUUGUCUAAAUGGAGCUCAGUGUCAGGAGUCAGACGUACCUGGGGAGUUUUCCUGCACCUGUCCCCCCUUCUUCAGCGGCCCCUUGUGCAACCAUCCCUAUGACCCCUGCGACCCCCUCCACAAUCCGUGCCUGCACAACUCCACCUGCCUGACACGCUCCAAUGGAAAAGCCUCCUGCAGAUGCCCAGCUGGAUUUGAAGGAAGUUGGUGUGAAAUUGACACCAAUGAGUGUAGCUCAAAUCCAUGCCAGAACCAGGGCGACUGUGUGGACCGGGUCAACGGCUACAGCUGUGAUUGUAAGAUGGGAUUUUCUGGCCUUCACUGCGAGGAAGACAUCAAUGAGUGCACCUCUAGCCCGUGCCACAACUCUGCCAUUUGCCAAGACCUUGUGAACAGGUUCACCUGCAUCUGCCCCCCUGGUUAUUUUGGAACGCUGUGUGACCUGGAUGUGAAUGAGUGUGAAGUUUCACCUUGCCUACACGAGGGCAUCUGUAUCAACACCCCCGGGGGCUUCAAGUGUGUCUGUCGUCCUGGAUACUCAGGGGAACGGUGUGGAGUUAACAUUGAUGAGUGCGUUUCGAACCCAUGCCAAAAUCAUGGGAAAUGUAUUGAUGCGCCUAAUCGAUACCACUGCUUGUGUCCUGAUGGCUUUAUUGGGCUCCACUGUGAAACCAACAUUGAUGAAUGCAUGUCAGCGCCCUGUCUUCAUGGGAGCUGUAAAGAUGGAGUAUAUUCUUACUCCUGCCUCUGUGAAUCUGGAUGGACUGGCAGCAGAUGUGAAACAAACAAUGACGAAUGUGCAUCCAUUCCCUGCUUAAACGGAGGAUCAUGUGUGGAUCUCAUUGAUAAAUAUGCAUGCUUCUGUCAGGAUGGUUACAAAGGGAAAAUGUGUGAGAUUGAUAUUGAUGUCUGCAAAGAAGCUGCAUUUAAUGUCUCACUGUGUUUCAAUGGAGCUGCCUGCCUUGACGGUGAGGGAUCAAACUUUACAUGCAGCUGUCCACCAGGUUUCAUGGGAGAUUUCUGCGAAGUGGAUGUUAAUGAAUGUUGCUCGGCUCCCUGCCACAACGGUGCCAUUUGCCAAGAUCUUAUUAAUAGCUACGUCUGCCACUGCAGGUCAGGUUGGACAGGCCUUCACUGUGAGGAUGACAUUAAUGAGUGCCUUCCACAGCCUUGCAACCAGGGGAUAUGCAUUCAGAAUGAUCCGGGCUAUGGCUACACCUGUUUCUGUCGUCCUGGAUUUGUGGGGAGGAACUGUGAGCACAACUAUGAUGAUUGCCUGUUGAAUCCAUGUCCAGAAGCCUUUUCCUGUCUAGAUGGCAUCAACAAGGUCAGCUGCCUGCCUCCUGUUACCGAUUCUGUUCCCUUGGCCACGGUAGUAAAGAACACCACUUUCGGCUCAACACCUAGGGUGCGAACGCCUACUCUCGACCCGGCACCAGCAGCUGAGGAAUCCACAGAUUCAAGCUACGUGCAUUACUUUGGGAAUUCAUACCUGGAGUUUGAGGGUAUUAACCUCAGCGCACUCAACAACAUCACUGUGAGAUUUCAGACUCAAGUUUCCCAGGGAACCAUACUUUAUGUGGACCAAGGACCAGCCAACGGUGAUUCGUUUUUCAUGAAACUCUUCAUCUUGAAUGGAAGCUUGCAGUACGCCUUUUGCUGUAAUGAAGAAGAAGAGGUUUCACGGAUCAGCACAAUAAUUCAUGUCGCUGAUGGCAAGGUUCACAUUGUUAAUAUCAGACAACACCUGACCCCCUGUGAGGCAGAGCUAACUCUUUCUGGUCAUGAGACAAUCAGAAGUAUAGCAAGUAAUUACUGGUUGGGACACAUCAUACAAAGAACAAACCACAUCUUCACAGGCGGUUUGCCACAAGAAUAUCUACUCAAUCAGAGAGCAAAACCCUUCCACAACUAUACUGGAUGCAUUGAAAUAAUUGAAAUGAAUAAACUGAGGAGCUUUUACACAUCUGAUGCCAUCGGCGGGAGCAACGUAGACCAAUGCAGAUUUUCUCUGUCUGCCAUGAAAGACUUGUCAAAAAGUUUGACCAAUCAACCAACCAAUCCUGACAGAGUGACCAAAACAACAACAACGGCUGCUCCUGCACUAACUCCAAAACAACUUCUGCAUGAACCUCGAGUUUGCUUUGAUGGUCUUUGCCUCAACGGAGGAACAUGUCACGAUGUGCAGCUGCCUGCUGGAUCUCUGCCUACCUGUCAAUGCCCGCUUCAUUUUACGGGAACUUUUUGUGAGAAAGACACCACAGUAUACAUAUCCUCAUUUGAUGGCACAUCUUAUUUGGAGCUGCAGCCCCUUUCAUCCCUUCUCCAGCCUUCUGGUGCCACUAAUAAUCUGUCUGCUACAGUCAAGGACACCACUGUUAUUCUUAGUUUGACAGUGAAAACAAGAUCUGCACAAGGCACAAUCCUCUACACUCAACAGCAGAACUUGGGGGAACAGUUCCUUCAUGUGUUCCUUCAAGAUGGAAGUCCUGUUGCUAAACUUGGGUGUGGUAGCGGUUAUGUUCUGCAUGCUGCUGUGGGCCAGAACGUCAAUAAUAACAGAUGGAUGCCAAUCACAAUCAGAUACAAUCUGCCCGUUGGCAAACAAGGAGGGUCUUGUAUGAUUGAAAUAGCUGCCGAUAAUGGAACAGCCCAGCGUCUCGAGGAGAACGUUUCAAACCCCGUGUCAGAGGAACCCUUUGGACCCAUAUUUCUCGGGGAUGUUUCAUCCCAUUGGGAGAUGCAUGAUGGGAGUGCAAAGGGAGCAAGGAGAUUCAUUGGAUGCAUCGGGCAACUUCAGGUCAACUCAAAAGAGAUUUACCUGGUGGGUGAGGCUGUGAGCGGGAGAAACAUCAAGAAUUGUGACCCGCCUGUCUGCCAACACCUUCCCUGUCGUAAUGGAGGAACUUGUAGAAGUGAUGCUGAGGACUGGUUCUGUGAAUGCCCCCCGCUCUACACGGGCCGACUUUGCCAGUUCAACGCCUGCGAGCGCAACCCCUGUGGUCACGGAGCAACAUGCAUCCCAAAGUCACCAUUGGAGGCCGUAUGUCUCUGCCCCUACGGAAGACAAGGUCUACUGUGUGAUGAACCCAUCAAUAUUACCCGUGCCAGAUUCAGUGGAAGUGAUGAGUUUGGUUACACUUCUUUCGUGGCUUACUCCUCCAUCCCGAGCCUGAGUUUCUUCUACGAGUUCAAGCUGAAGUUCACCCUCGCAGAUAAUUCAUCUUCUGUGAAAGAUAACCUGAUGCUGUUCGCUGGGCAUAAAGGACAAGGCGAUGAUGGUGAUGACUUCCUCGUUUUGGGACUGCGGAAUGGCCGAGUUGUGCAUAGAUUCAACCUUGGAUCGGGUGUAGCAGUCAUAUUCAGUGAUCGACUGAAUCAGCAGACCAGCAUUCACACCGUUACGUUUGGAAGGUCAAAGAGGACCGGAUGGCUGAAGGUUGACGGGCAACGUAACAGAACAGGAUCCUCUCCGGGCCCCCUGAUAGGCCUCAAUGUUUUCAACCAGCUCUUUGUGGGUGGAUAUAAUGAGUACACCCCUGAACUCCUGCCACUUGGAUCCAGGUUCCGUAAUGGCUUUCAGGGGUGCAUUUUUGAUGUGCAGUUUCGUACAAGAAGAGACAGAAAGUUCCAAGUGCUGGGACAGCCUGCGGGACAUCCAGCCUUUGGGCGCAGCGUGGGUCAGUGUGGAGUCACCCCUUGUGUUCAUGUUCACUGCAGAAACGGGGGGAAAUGUGUGGACUCUGGCUCAUCUGUGUAUUGCCAGUGCCCAUUUGGAUGGAAAGGAGCACUCUGUUCUGAGACGGUGUCUGUGUGUGAUGUGGAGCACAGCCCCCCGCCUCUGUGUGCCCACGGUUCCACCUGCAUCCCUCUGCCCAAAGGAUAUACCUGCCAGUGCCCCCUGGGGACCGCAGGGCUCUACUGCGAGAAAGCUGUGACCAUCAGUGAUCCGUUCUUCAGUGGUAACCAGUCUUCAUGGAUGUCAUUCCCGCCUAUGAGCAUUAGACACAGGACGGUUCUGCAGCUGCAGUUCCAGCCUUUAUCACCUGAUGGCAUCCUUGUGUACACUGCACAGCACCUCAGUGCCAGAUCUGGAGACUUCUUGUGCCUCUCUUUGACAUCAGGGUUUGUCCAGCUGCGGUACAAUCUCGGGGAUGGCCCCCACAUCCUGCAGUCUGUUGAGCGAGUGGACUUAGGCAGCAGGACCUGGCACACGGUGAAGGCUGGCCGGGUCGGUCACCAAGGCUUUCUCAGUCUGGACAGCAAGGAGACUAGAGAGGAUGUGACUCGGGGGAUGACCACUCUCGAUGUUGCUACUGACAUCUUCAUUGGGGGCGUGUCAACCUUAAGCUUCGUCUCCACAGAAGCAACAGAAAUGGAGCCGGUGGGCUUCACUGGUGGUUUAAGAGAACUCAUACUGAACGGGGAAGAGUUUGAGUUAACAGAGACGGGGGCUAUAAGUGGAGCAAAUGUAGGGGACUGGGAUGGGACCGCCUGUGGGUACAAGGUGUGCAAAAAUGGAGGACAGUGCAGGUCAACAGGAGGUGACUCAUUUAUGUGCGUGUGUCCACCAUCAUGGACUGGCUCUGUGUGUAACCAGUCUGUAAGCUGUUUAAACCCCGUAUGCAAACAGGGUUCCUUAUGUUCCCCAUCUGGUGUUACCUCAUACCGCUGCAUAUGCCCUUUGGGAUGGGGUGGGAGGUACUGCGACUCAGAAAUAGCCACGGACACUCUCAAGUUUGUGGGAAGCUCAUUUGUUAAAUACCAGGACCCGAGAUACAACACGAGGAAUUUUAAAUACACACAGGUUUCUUUUAGCUUUAAAACUAACUCAAAUAACAGUUUGGUAAUGUGGAUGGGGAAGGCUGAACAUGAAGAUGAUGACUACCUCGCAGUGGGACUUGAAAACGGCCACCUCAAAAUUGCGGUGAAUCUUGGGGAGAGACUUUCCCUGCCAAUAACUCUCAGGAAUGUCACACUGUGCUGCGACACGUGGCACAAUGUCUCUAUAUCUUUAAACAGCACCAUUAUCCAGGUGGUUGUGGACAAUAAGAGAGUCCUCCAGGAUUUAGACCCGUUUGAGCGUUACGUGGCUUUAAACUACGGGGGUCAGCUUUACUUUGGGGGGUUUGAAGUGUUCAGAAAUGUAUCAAUUGUUACUUCUGGGUUGUUUUCAAAAGGCUUUGAAGGAAAUCUAAGAAAUGUUUUUUUGUUUAAAGAUACUAAGCCACUGCAGUUUCUCAGGAACAGUGAGGGUUUUGAUGUUUACGAGGGCAAUGAAUAGUAGUGAUAUUGUUAGGCGAUGGUAAACUCUACAUUAGUUGUGUUUUUUUAACACACUACUACUAAUAGUCAGAGGCGAUUUUUGAAGACUAGUUAGGUUAAAAUGUUGUUGACACUAAACUGUAUUUUUAAACUUGUUUCAGCAACAUUGUACAGCUUGAUUUCCAUCUGACUGAUUGAAAGAUCAUGAUGAAAUCACUGGAAGACGGGUAGAUUGAAUGUUUCAAAGUAGACUUAAUAAAACUUUUAUGAUUAAAUAUUUCAAACAAGUGUGUUGUGAGGCCUGAACAUUAGUCAUUUCAUUCCAGCAAGAAAAAACAAAAAGCCAAAUGUCUAAAAUCAUGUUAAUAUAUAACAAUUUAAAUCUGUAUCCAAGUGAUUUUUACCUUUAAUACAUUUAGAAAGAAAUAUAACACGUUUGUUUAUAAUCAAUAAUAAAAAAGAAUUAGCUUUAUUACGAACUGUACAUAAACACACAGUGCAAAGGCACACGUCAUCUCUAAUGUAUAUUACAAGCCAAAAUGUACAUACUUUUCCCCAAAAAGUAAGUUUAAAAAAUAAUUAAGCAAUUUAAAAGAAUUGAAAUGGGGGGGAAAAGAAAAGCUGCUGUUUG